GUUUGAGAUUCUGGAUCCGUUUCUUACUUUUUUGACUUUGAAAAUUAUCAUACACUUCUUCACGAUCUUUCUAGACCUUCUAUACACAACUACAACUUUACUUACCAAGUCUCAUACUCACUCUUUACUUCAUACGUACUUUGAAAGCAUUUCAAAACUCUACUCUCUACUGCAGGCAGUUUACUACUACGCUUCUUUACCCCCAUUACUCGAUAUUUAUACAUCUGUUCGUUCUUUAACAUAAGAUAAUCGCGAUGUUGAACGUCAAACAAGCCGGCCGAGGCUUUGUCAUUCUUAACAUCAUCCGUGUUAUGAACAUUAUAGCACUCCUCGAUGUUAUCGCAGCAAGUUGGAUCAUGCUUGUCAUGACCGUCAAAACCUCCAACUUCUUCUUCUUUGAUGGAAUUUCUCACUUCAUCACUAGCUCCAUCGGAAUCUUCCUCAUCAUCUCAGAGCUCUCCCUCUUCAAAAAAUACUUUGAGAACUUCUGGCCCCUCCUCUGUCCCCACAAUGGGUUUCUCUUCCUCGGUCUCUCCAUGUUAGCUCUUGGUUUCAACAUCCUCGGAAACUUGAACAAGAAUGCUACUUCUGUUCAGAACUUAGGAUUACCUAUGUGGCGUGUAGUUAUCUCUUCAGGGUGUCUUUCAGCUAUUCUAGGAGGUAUUAAUUGUAUUGCCUCCCAAAUCUUUACCACCAAAAACAAAACCGCACGCCAACUCCGCGCCCACGGUGCGACUGACGCCCCCAACCCCUACGAAAAACGUCUCUCGCUCCCCUCCUCCAUCAACAACGACCUCCCCUCCUACUACAGCAAUCCGGCAGAACGCCGCAAAUCGCGCUUCCCCUUCCGUCUCCCUCUUCGCUCCUCGCAAAUCCACAUCUCCAAACCCGUUAUCUCAGAUCCGCAACCCUUUCACCCAGAUCUCGAAGUCGGCGAAAGCUACGAUAAUCAGAAAAAUGAUAGAAGUAGCCCCAUCGUUCCCGGUAUCGAGAGACCACCCACCGCGAUGCAUCCUGCAAAUUUGAGGCCGCCACCUGCGCCAAGAAGUAGCAUCUAUAGCGUUGCGAGUAAUGUGACGAGGUUUACUAGGAUUUAGUGAGGGGCUGGGAUUUAUGUAGUUUUGAGCGUGAAUGGCGUGCCAAUUUGGCAGGAAUAAAUUAAUCAACCAAAAGUAUAGCAUAGCAUAGCAUAGCGUAGCGUAGGAUAGGGUAGGAUAAAUAGGGAGAUUUUGAGAAUCCGGAAAUAAAAUACGAUGGAAUUGGUGUUUAAGGGUGUUUAGGAAAUGGAUGGAUAUAUGGAAUACCCCAAUGAUCCUUUUUGUUUUUGUUUUUUGUUUUUUGCUUUCUCGUUUUUUGGGGGGAUUUUACAAUAGGGGAUUGAUGAAAUGGAAUGAUAUGAUAUGAUAUGGCAUGGGAUGAAUGGAUAGAUGGAUGGAUGAAUGGAUUUCUUGAUGGUUAUUCACGAAUUUCAUUGCCAUGUAUACACGCAGCUAAUUAAACGAUUUGUUUUAAUAAUA